UUCAAAAAAACACAUUUUUUCCUAAAAAAUUUCCUUAAUUUCCCAAGUACCAAACCUUCAAGAAACAACAUGAAAUUCAUCAACAAAAACAACAACAACAAUAUUAACCUGAAAAUUUUCUACAUAAUCCUAAUAUGUUUUGCAGUAGAAAAAUGCAUUGCUCACACAUUCAAGGACACAUCACCAAACAUAGAAACAAAAUUCAGUUCUCAAGAUGCAUAUCCCCCAAAGGCAUCAAGCAUAUCUGCAGAAUCACCUUUUGAAUCACCUUCUGAAUCACCUUCUGAAUCACCUUUUGAAUCACCAAAAAGACAAACAGAACCAGAAUCAGAACAUGAUACAUUUGGUCACUCAUCUUCAUUUUCAGCUGCAUUCUCAGAUAUUCUAAAAGGUUCAUUACGUGGACACUCAUUAACAAUGCCUCCUCCACACUCACAUUCAGAAGCAAAACAAAGCAGCCUAAGCAUUGAACAAAUAUGUGCACACACUGAUUACCCUGACGUUUGUCUCGCCACGAUUCAACCUCUUAUAACUCACAAUUUUGAAAUGAUUAACGUCCUCGAAGCCGCGAUUAAAGCUUGUUCUCUUCAAGUAAAGUUGACAAUAACAAAAGUGGAUAAACAUGCUGCUAAUAAUCCAGAGAUUGCUAAUGCAGUUGCUGAGUGUAGGGAUCAAUACAACAAUGCUUUGGAAAAUCUUCAGAGAGCAAUAGAUGCUAUUUCGUCGCGCGAUCUCGGUACAAUUACUGUUAUGCUUAGUGCUGUUAUGGCUGAUGUUUCAACAUGUGAAAGUGCUUUUGAGGAUCUAAAAGCUUCACCUUCUUCUACCAUGUCUAGUAAUGAUGGUUUAGUUAGUAUUACUGUUAGCAAUUCUCUUUCUAUUGCUAAUUUGAUUCCUUACUAAUUAUUAACUAAGAGGUGAAUUUGUGUAUAUUAAAUGCACCAAACUCAAAUUGGAUAUUGAGUUAUUUGGCUUGGAUUAUAUACUUCUAUAGUAUUAUGUAUAUAGGAAAAUAUUAACUAGUUUGUAAUGGGUACAAACUCUUCAUGAAGAGAUAUUUGUCCAAUGUAUAUUUAUGUAUUUA